AUGGACGACAGCGCAGAACGGCCACCUGAGGAGACGCCAGCGGUGUAUCUUCACUCGGUAGACACCAGGAGCAACAACCAAUCUCAGCUGUUAUUUCCUGUGUACGAACGAGAAAUCUUCAAAAUUGGGCGAGAUAUUCGCACCAAUUCCUUGGCCAUCGACAAUGAUCCAGACAUGCUAGUUUCCCGAAACCACUGCGAGGUUUAUGUUGUCGUAUAUGAGCCAACUGUCAAUCACAUCUACGUUCGGGACCGCAAGUCUUCCAAUGGGACUUUGGUCAAUGGGAGACUCAUUGGCUCUGGCCCGCGCAUCAGCCCCGGGUACCUACUACAACAUGGUGAUUAUCAACCAUCUCCUCGCCAUGAUUUGACCGCCCUACAACAAGAGGAGUGCAAGCUGUUUGCCAGCAAGUAUCAAGUGACUGAUCACUGCCUCGGUCGCGGAGCAGAAGCAGCCGUAUGCCUCGCCAACGACGUUCAAACAGGAAAGCAGUUGGUCUGCAAGUUGGUCAACCUUGAUAAGAUCCAUGGGAAGAAUGCCAAGGAUGAUAUACGACGCAAAUUCCAGGAGGCGGACAUUUUGCGACAGCUCCACCAUCCAAACAUCUUGUCUUACAUCGAUGCUAUAUCGUCGCCACACACACUUUACACUUUCACGGAACUUGCUUCGGGUGGUGACCUCAUGUCAUUCAUUAUGCGGCGCGGCGCUGUUAAAGAGUCCGAAUCCAUAAUCAUCAUUCGCCAAGUGGUUCGGGCACUUGCAUACCUCCACAACAAAGGCAUAGUUCACCGCGACAUUAAGCCGGAGAACAUCCUCCUGGCCUACUCUCCCAAGAUCGCGUACCAUCGAGUAAUGCUCUCUGACUUUGGUACUUCUGCCGUCCCUCGACGGAGCAGGAUGAUUACAAAUGCUGGGACAGAAGGAUACCAAGCACCGGAAUUUGCAGCAACCGGCGAAGCUCAUACGACAGCCGUUGACAUAUGGUCUUUGGGCGUUGUUGCUUUCACGCUCUUAGUAUCUGAUCAUCAUGAUGCAGUGCUCAAUCAAAUGGCUGAAGCGGAGAUUCAACAAUACGUCACGAGGGUUUUCAGCUACUUACAGAAACGACCUUCUGUUGACGCGGCCAAGUUUGUCCGGAGCUGUCUGAGACUGAAUCCUCUGCGCAGAAUCAGCGCUCAAGAAGCAAAGGGGCACGAGUGGCUAUGCGGCAAGACGAAGAAUGUAGAACUGUUCAAGCGCCUGGACAAAAGGGUCAUGUCUUCUUGGCAGCCGCAGAAUGCACUCAGACCGAUGCCCUGGGCGUUGCCUGACCUUGUCCCUCCCCCCAGGCACCGAAAACUUGACUGCUACAGUUUGACAGAUGAGUUGACUUGCAGCCCACAUUCGUCUACGGGAAGCAUAGGGUCUUCAUCCAGUCCGUACUUUGCGAUGACGGCUCCAUAG